AUGGCAGACUCCAAGAAAACAGACGUCCUCGAGACGAUUGAGCCUGGGGCGCACUCGGGCGACUCCAGCACUCUCGAUGCAAAGACGCCGGGGUAUUCGGAGAAGAACGUCGUGCAAGCGUAUCCAACCGCAACGGUCGAUGGCGAUGGUACGUCCCUGAGGCGACUGUUCAGUUUCGCCCAGCUUCUCGCCUUCUCGUUGACCUUCAUGGAGUCCUGGGAAGUCAUGGCCAUUAACAUCUCUGCCACUUUCUGGAAUGGCGGCCCGCAAUCGCUCAUCUGGGGCUAUGUUGCAGUUAUCAUCGGCUCUCUUGCCCAGGCGUACUCGAUGGCCGAACUGGGCUCGAUUCUCCCCAUAGCUGGGGCUCAGUACCAUUGGACACAUAUAAUGGCGCCCGACGGCUCGAGGAAGUUCAUCACCUGGAUGCAAGGUUGGGUGACCUGGUUCGCCUGGGUGUCCACUCUCGCCGGCAGCACCUCUGGCGAAGCUGCCCUGUUGCAAGCCCUGAUCGCAGAGAACGUGCCUGGGUACACUGCCGAACGGUGGCAUCUGACGUUCAUCAUGUGGGCGCUGCUAAUCAGCUGCGGCCUCAUCAACACAUACACGUUUUGGCUUGUGCCCUGGCUGGAACUGGCGUCGGGCAUCCUGCACGUCAUCCUGUUCGUCGUCUUCGUCGUGGUGCUGGCCGCCCUGGCACCCAAGCACGACUCCCACUUCGUCUUCUUCAGCGACUCGAUCUUGUCCGGCUGGGACCGGAGCAGCUUCGUCGCCUUCAACCUGGGCAUGCUGGUGCCCGCCUGGGGCUUUAUCGGAUUCGAUGGCGUCGUUCACAUGUCUGAAGAAGUCCGUCGAGCGAAACACGCCGUUCCACGCGCCAUGGUCUUGACCAUCGUGAUCAACGGCGUCAUGGCGUUCAGCAUCAUCCUGACCCUGCUCUACUGCUUGGGCAACCUCGACGACGCCCUGGACGCGUCCUAUCCCAUCAUCCCCAUCUGCCGGAACGCGACGGGUUCAAUGGCGGCCGCAAACGCCAUGAUUUCUGGGCUGAUUAUCAUCACCUACUUCGUGGUCGCUGCCAGCGUCGCUUCGGUCUCACGCAUCACCUGGGCAUGGGCCCGGGAUGGAGCUCUACCGCGGUGGAUUGCGGUUAUUGACCGCAAACGCCACGUCCCGACGAACGCCACUUGGCUGCCCAUCGUCAUCGUCUGCUUGCUCUCGCUCUUUGAAAUCGGAUCCACCACCGGGACCGCCUUCAGUGCCUUCACCGCCCUCUCCUCCCUGGGGUUGUACACCUCCUACAUCGUCGCCAUCUCCUGCAUCCUGCACGCCCGCCUGACCGGGCGUCUGUCCGACAAGGCCGGCGGGGCCGUCGUGAACUAUGGCGGCUGGCGCAUGUGGAACGGCUGGCGCACGCCCGUCAACAUCUUCGCCCUGUGCUGGACCAUCUAUCUGUCCGUCUGGUUGCCCUUCCCGACGACGCUGCCCGUCACGGGCACGAACAUGAAUUACGCGUUGCCCAUUUAUGCCUUUGUGGUCCUUUGCUCCCUGGGCUAUUGGUUUGUUUGGGGCAAGCGGCAUUGGCACGGGCUGAAUCUGGCAGCUAUCGGGAUGGUCGAGGCGCAUGAGUAG